AUGGCGCUCCCUCUAAGAACGCGGUCAAUAUGUCUGCGGACCUCCUCCCUACCCGCCAUUCCCUCCCAAUCCCGAGGAGCCAAGAAGAUGGCCCGUCCCUCUGGCAUGACAACCGCCAAACUCCUCAAAGACCUCCCAACAUUCGGCCGUGCAGGUUCUCUCGUGCCCAUUCCAACAGGCCAGAUGCGCAAUCGAUUCUUCCCGCUUCGUAUCGCCGACUACGUCACGCAAUCCGAACGUCGCUCAAUAAAACUCAACAACAUCCCGGUUGAACGAGACUACAAUUUCGGGAAGGAAGAAGAAGGUGCGGUGUUCGAUGAUUCCACUGCACCUUUUGGGGGGAUGAAUGCAUAUGCAGAGGAGCAGGAGCGGGUGGAACGGAUGUCGAGACGGAAUAAAGGAGUGGAAGUGGAGAAAUUGACGGUCGAGAGGAGUUUGGAGUUGUUGGAAAUCUUCGUACACCCGAGAUUGGACUUCUAUCGGCAGCCUUUGCCGCCUGUGAUCGAGGAUGAACCCGUGAAGGAGGCUCCAAAGGAAAGAAUGAGGACGGCGAGUUCGGCUGCGGCGGAUUUGUUGGAGGCGAGGACGGCGGUGCCCAAGGCCAAGCCUAAUGCGGGUCCUCAGGGUAUCUAUGGAAGUGUGUCAGCGCAGGAUGUGUUGGUUGCGAUUCGAGCGGCGAUACACUCGAACGAUGAGGCGGCGAAGAUACAGCUGAGAGAGGAGGAUAUCGUGUUUCUGGAUGACAAAGUCGGAAGGGCAGUCAAGUCUGUCGGCGAUUUCACGGUCGAGAUUGGGGUCAAGGGAGCCGAGAAGGGAAUAAAGAGGACAGUGAGAGUUAUACCGCAAGAAGUAGUAUAA